GUAGUGAAGCUGUCCGCAAAGCUGGCCGGACUCUCGGCAUCAUCCUGUGCCAUCAUAAUCAGCAGUGUGAUAUCUAUCGGCUGAGCUGGGGUCGACAUGGUAACAGCUGCUGUAUUUAACACAUCAUAGACCAUAAUAAUAACACAAACUAACCGCGGGCCAGCAGUAGGAGCCGGAGGAGGAGGAGGAGAAGAAGGGCAGACAUGGCGCACGAGCCGGUGAGUGUGGUGUUUAAGGUGUACUGCCUGGUGGUGAUGACUUUGGUGGCUGCUGCAUACACAGUGGCCCUGAGAUACACCAGGACAGUGUCGUCAUCAGACCUCUACUUCUCCACCACCGCAGUGUGCCUCACCGAAAUCAUCAAACUGUUUCUUAGCCUCGGGAUGCUCACAAGAGAGUCUGGUGGAUUCAGCAGAUUGAGGAGUACACUGAUGGAACACGUCUGCAGGAGUCCCAAAGAGCUGCUGAAGCUCAGUGUGCCUUCUGUUGUUUACGCCAUCCAGAACAACAUGGCCUUUAUUGCCUUAAGCAACCUGGAUGCAGCUGUGUACCAGGUGACGUACCAGCUGAAGAUCCCCUGCACUGCGCUGUGUACAGUGCUGAUGCUGAACCGCUCACUCAGCCGCCUGCAGUGGUUUUCUGUCUUCAUGCUGUGUGCGGGGGUCACUCUCGUCCAGUGGAAGCCUGCAGAGCUCACUAAAGUCCAGGUGGAGCAGAACCCAUUUGUUGGGUUUGUGGCCGUUGCUGUUGCUGUGUUGUGUUCCGGGUUUGCAGGUGUGUAUUUUGAGAAGGUGCUGAAGAGCUCUGAUACGUCUCUGUGGGUGAGGAAUAUUCAGAUGUACCUGUCAGGCAUUGUUGUGACGCUGGCAGGAGUCUAUAUGACUGAUGGGCCGCAGGUGAUGGAGAAAGGGUUCUUUUAUGGGUACACACCCUGGGUCUGCUUCGUUGUCUUUUUAGCGAGUGUAGGUGGUCUCUACACCUCAGUGGUGGUGAAGUACACUGAUAACAUCAUGAAGGGUUUCAGUGCCGCUGCGGCUAUCGUGCUGUCGACCGUUGCCUCCGUCACUCUCUUCGGCUUACAGAUCACUCUGACCUUUGCCUCAGGAGCGUUACUGGUUUGUGUGUCCAUCUACCUGUAUGGCCUGCCCAAGCUGGACACCACCGUGCUGCCAAAAGCCGACAGCCAGAAGACCGCCAAAGACAAGCUCAUUUCAGUGUGAGCAGCCAAAAAUACAGAGACAGUGGGAUUUUUAGGACAAAGAUUCCACAUUUCUUUUUCCUUUUUUUUUCUUCUUUUUUUUUUUUUACUGGAUUUGUAGAAUAAGCACUGCUUGGUUUGUCCUGUGUGUACUGACCCCACCGGGGAAACAUAAAGAUGUUCCAUUCAUUUCUAUAGGGACGGCUUUUUGCUACAGAAGAGAAGACCACGUUCAGUUUUUAUGUUUUCUCAGCCGGAGAUCACCUUCUGCUUUUAAAUUUCGAAUUUUUAUUUCUAAUAAUUACGGGAAUACUUCAGCAUUUCUCAGCUUAAUAUUCAUAUUGCCCAAACCGAACUUGCCGUGACUAUGAAAAUGCUCUGAUAAUUGAUUAACAGGAUAUCUAUAGCAGCUACACAGGAGAGCAGUCUGAAAAAUGCUGGAUUAUCCCUUUAAUUAAUUGUCAGUCUCAAUCAACAUAGCAAGGCUACAUUCGUUUGUGGGUUUAUCAUGCUUGGAUAUGAGCAUAAAUAUUUUACUGCACAGCUGCAGAUAGAGACUCCGGCACGCGCACCAAUGAAGAAACCGGUUUUCAAGUUUUGUGAUGAUUCACUGGAUCCUGGAGGACAAAACGGACUGUUUGUCAAACAGGGGGCCAAACAUGCAGAACAGGUUCUCCUCUGGAUGUGAUCAGUAUCAUGUGAUGUAUGACACAAUCGCUUUAUCAGAUGACUGAAUCAGUGCAUGGGUGUUAGAAUCAAAAGACAAAAGAGUGCUGCUGAAUAUGCUGGGUGCGUCAAUCCACCCUCAAAUAUUUAAAUUUGUAAAAGAACGCAUAGCACCCACACACAGGCCAAACAAAACAGACAACAUUCAGUAAGAUAAUAAUGCUGAUGGAAGUAGUCAAUCCUGUUCAUGUUUUUACAUAUUCAUCUACUGUACUCAUGAUAUCCACUGUCAUCCACUGUUAUGUCGCCAUACAUAACACACAACUGAAUGCAGCAAGAAUAGACUUUUUCAGUUUUAGGUUUCAGUUUCCUGAUAGUUGACUAUUUGUAGUGUUUGUCAGCACUUUGCAUGCCUCUGUCUUCCUGUCUGUUUUGGUUUUGUGCACAGUGUGCAGAUUGCCUUGCUCCUUACAUUCAGUUCAUAUCGAAAAAUAAUCAGCAGCAUAUGAGAUUUGUGAGGAACAGCCUGUAAAAACAAAGCCUUACUGUUCAUGUUUAGGAUUGAUAGUGUUCACUAUGAAUCUGACUUGAUAUGAUUUUUGCACACUACAUUAUAUGUUUGUUUACAAGAAUGUGUUCUACAUGUGAAAAAGUCCAGCCAUGAAUACAAACAGUAUUUUACAAGA